UAAAUCCAAAAGGUAGGGGACCAUAUAAUUUAUUGUUCACAGCGGGACACCUUUGGGAGUAAAGGGGUGCUAUUAGUAAUUAUGUCUGGACAACAGGAAGAAACCAUGAGCAUCCCUGGCAAACAAAAUGCUGGGCAUCACACUAACAGAGCACUCUGCUGCUCACUCUCUGGAGGAGGGAGCCCAAAUCUUCCAAGCCAUCUUGACUCCUCUUCUCUAGUCAGACCCUCUAAAGGGUGCCCUAUCCUCUCAUCUCCACCAGCCAAACCCAUUUGGAGCUGUUUUCAGAUCCAUUCCCCAGUGUUCUUAGGUUCCUCAUUUUCAACCUACAAGUGACCCCGACCCCUUCCUUCUGCUUCCCUGAGAAUGGCCUAGAGGGUUUGCACUGCUCUAAACACAAAGACUUUUGCCCCUGCUAAGUAGCCAUCAUGAGAGCUGCAAAAAUCAUCUAGCCAUCCUCUGCUGCUGUUCCAGCUCAGGGUCUUUUCUAGGAGACCCCAUCAUCUCUCUCUGGCCUCAGUAGGUUUCUCAUUGGGCCCCUGCCUCUGCUCUUCCCAAGUGCUCAGACCAUCUGUUUCAUCUGUUCAGAGACAAAGGCUUCCCACCUCACUCAGAGAAAAAGCAAGGUACUUAUGACAGCCCAUAAGGCCCCAGUCCCUUUUACCCUUGUUAUCUCUUUGGUUUGAUCUCUUAGAACUCUCCAGUCAUCCAGAUGUCCUCACUAGUUCCUCAAACACCUCAGGAAGGCUCCCUUCUCAGAGCCUUUGCUCACGUUGUUCCCUCCUUGGAACGCUUUCCUCUUAUAUAUCCAAAUGAUUAGUUCCCUUGCCUCCUUCACACCUUCUUCAAUUGUCUCCUUUUCAAAGUCCUUCACCCUGGCCAUCCUAUAAGGAUGUAACCCCACCUCUUAGCACUUCCUGUUUCCAUUUCCUGUCUUUUCUCCUUGGCACUUAUCAGCACCAAAUAGAUGAUGUAUUUUACUUAUUUGUUGUCCAGUCCCUCAAGCUCCACAAAUCCUCACAGCAGGGAUUUUCAUUUGCUUUGUUCUUUUGCCAUAUUCCCAGUACCUGAAACAGCACCUGGCAUAGAGUAAAUGCUCAAUAAAUAUUUGUUAAGAUGAAUAAAAGACUGACUGUGAGGCCACAUAGCAUGGAGGUUGAAUAUUUGGCCUGAAGUACAAAGGCCUGCGUUUUAAUCCUGGCUCUGCACACUUCUGUGAGUCUCAGUUUACCUGUAACGUGGCAUAAUACACAUCGCCUCCCACGGCUGUGGCAAGCAUACAUCUGAUUUCAUUUAAACCCCUAAACCCACUGCCUGGCCUAUUUCAAAAUCUCUGAGCUAAGUAAAUGGCAGCUGUUGUUACUCAGGGAGGCUCCUGAUCGAUUUGACAUUACAUUAUGGCUUCGUAAUAGGCAAAUCAGCACCCGCCGCUUUUGAGUCACAACUCACACACUUUCUCCCCAAAUUGUCAGUUUUGAUCCCACCUCUUCCCAGGCCCCUCCUUUCCUAAACCCAUGUUCCCCCAGAGGAAAUGGCCUGGGUCUUUUUGCAGUCAUCCCCUUUCAACACACAUCUCCUCCUGCUUAUAUUUCAGAAGGCCACCCUCCUAAAUCUCAAGAUGCCUGCCCUGGGGCCCCUUCCAAACUCUCCCCCAGUGGAGCCAGGGAAGUUGGGUGGGAAACAAAGGGGAGAAUAUGAGGUGAGCUGAAAGGGAGAGGGAGAGGAGAGCAGGCCAAGCCAUACCCACCUGCCAGGUUCCUGUCUUUGCCUACUGAUAAAUAGGGGAUACUAAUGGCCAGAUUUUCCAUUCCCCCACCCCAGCACCCGCCGUCACUCAAUUAAAAAAAGAUAGAGGGAGAGAGCCUGGGGGAGGGGCAGGAGGCCUUGGCUAUAAAGCCUGUGGCUAAGUGGGAAGAGCACGAAGUUGGGCCUGCUGGGUCCUUUUCCCGUCAUCCCCAGCCAGAUUUAGCUGCUGACAGCUGCUUGGGACUCUGCCGCCAGAGCCUGGCCCAGAUCUGCCUGCCUCUCCUUUCUCUCAGUGAUUCCUGAGCCACAGACCCUCCAUGGCCCAGAAGGAAGAGGCUGCUGCAGCCGCUGAGGCUGCCUCCCAGAAUGGGGAGGAUCUGGAGAACCUGGACGACCCUGAGAAGCUGAAAGAGCUGAUUGAGCUGCCGCCCUUUGAGAUUGUCACAGGAGAACGGCUGCCUGCCAACUUCUUUAAAUUCCAGUUCCGGAAUGUGGAGUACAGUUCCGGGAGGAACAAGACCUUCCUCUGCUAUGUGGUUGAAGCACAGGGCAAGGGGGGCCAAGUGCAGGCAUCUCGGGGAUACCUAGAGGAUGAACAUGCGGCUGCCCAUGCAGAGGAAGCUUUCUUCAACACCAUCCUGCCAGCCUUCGACCCAGCCGUGCGAUACAAUGUCACCUGGUAUGUGUCCUCCAGCCCCUGUGCAGCGUGCGCUGACCGCAUUACCAAAACCCUUAGCAAGACCAAGAACCUGCGUCUGCUCAUUCUGGUGGGGCGACUCUUCAUGUGGGAGGAGCCGGAGAUCCAGGCUGCUCUGAAGAAGCUGAAGGAGGCUGGCUGUAAACUGCGCAUCAUGAAGCCCCAGGACUUCGAAUACGUCUGGCAGAAUUUUGUGGAGCAAGAAGAGGGUGAAUCCAAGGCCUUUCAGCCCUGGGAGGACGUUCAGGAGAACUUCCUAUACUACGAGGAGAAGCUGGCAGACAUCCUGAAGUAGGGCAACUGGGCUCGGCCUCACGUCUUCCUGUUGCCACCAAGAGACAGCAGUGACAUGUAUAGCCAUCUGGGACAUGCCUGUCUUCCUAAUAUCAUUUGGAGCUGGACAACAUUUGACACCAACCAAUCAUACUGGACAAGGCCCUUAGAGGACUUGAAAUAUACUUCUCAUGCUGUAAUUCAUUUAGGCUGUGCCUCUCUCUCUAAUGCUGCUCUUGGGAAGGACGAAAGUGACCUACAAGGAGAGAAAUGCAACCAUCCAUGGGUUCCAGUCAACUAUGGGACUGAAGGUCCUAAUUGCUCAACCAAGGGGGCUGCUUAACACCAAGAGCCUCAGACCCAAGGUUUAGAUUUCUGAAAUAUGCAGUUUAUGUUAAGUUGGGUAUUUUUAAAAAAAAGAAAAACAGCAACAUUAAUAAAAGAAGUGGUGUGUUUUUCCCGUGGCCAGAUUUUUAAGAAACUCGAACAUUUGGAAGUUGCCACAGACCAGUGAGCCAGUCCCAGACACGGGGACACCCCAGGCUAUGAACCAAGCCGUGGUUAAACCAGGACUUGCCUAGACAAUGUAGAAUAACCCUCCCAUACAGACUUCUUAUGACAAUCAAAUGAAAGCCUUUCCCUUCUCUGAAGGCAAGUAAUCUGGCAGACGGUGGAACAAAAAGCAUGAGAAAUCUAUGGUAGCCACAUCCCAAAUGCCAGUUAAAAAGCAACUAGCUUCUUUAUUAGAGAGGAGUGGGUGAAAAGUAGUAAUUUAAUGUUCAGAUAUACACUCAUUUAAAAGUAUUCAAUACAUGAUGUUUGAUGGUAAUGGCAGGAUGAUGUCAAGUCUCUCUUUUUUUUAAAGGUUUGUUUGAGUCCUAUGUGGAAGCAAAAAUUCACAGGUGAAUUUCUGGGUGUUUGCCAAACUCUAACUAGGUUUCCAGGAAUAAUGUGUUCACCCUGAUUACCAGGACAUGCCUCCUUUCCCCAGGCUUCAAGUGUGAUAAGUCGUCGGAAUUUGACCCAAGACUACUAUCGGUAAAUGGCGAAGUGCUUUAUCACAUUCCUGCUGAGUCCCAGAAUUCCACUGACAGCCAGUCCUGGAUGAGACUAGGUUCUGUUUAAAGAAUCAAGGCUCAAACGCCACGGAAAAAAAAAAUAAUAACCCUAACCUCUUUAAAAAAGUAAAGGAAGCCUAGAAAAUCCAUGUUUUGACUUGUGUUAAGGUUUACAGAUGGUACUCAAUUUACAAUGGUUUGUCUUGCAAUUCUUUGACUUUACAACAGUGCAAAAGCCAUACACAUUCAGUAUACUCUUCAACUGAACUCAACUUAAGAUGUGGUUACCCAGACAUAGCCCUAACAUAAGUUGAGGAACAUCUGUAAUUGCAGAGUUAAGCAAAAUACUGUAGUUCUUAUCCCCCACUCUCAUUUUCAAAUUUUUGUAUUUAGACAAUCUCUCCUUCCUUUUUCCCUUCAAUUUUAUGUGGACAAAAGCAGUACUUCAAGAAAAGCCUCAAUCUAAAAGUUUGAUAAUGAACUUGACCCUCCACUGCCCCUACCCCAACAACAUGAAGAAUUUGUCUGUUCCACCUAGAAAUACAAAAGUGCAAUACUUUUUUGAAACUGUUGUCUCUUAUCAGGCUGAUUUGUGAUAAGAACACAGUCUAAGGUACAAAGAUCAUAUUUAAUCAGUACUUUCCUGGUGUUUUAACCAGCCCCUUCUAAAAUACAGUUGUUCUUUUAUACUUGGGAAAGCAGCAAGUCCUAUGACAGACUCAAAGUCACUCUAGGGAGAAAAUCGACAGCAAGUCUGGUGUUUUAACUCUCAACACCACAGUAAGGGGAAAAAAGAAAACGUCUAGUUUCCCAAAUAGCUCUGAUACUGAACCAUUGGCUAAAUCCAUGAACUUUAUUUUCCUACCAUAACCACAACAGAGGACUGGUCCUUGCAGCUUCGGAAGAAACGAGGACUAAUAUUUAGACCCCAGUUGGCUGUACAUUCAAAUCCUCUAUGGAGGUUAAAAACACCAAAGUGGCCAUCCCAUUCCACCACAUUUUUUUUUUUUUUUUUUUUUCAGAUAGGGUCUUGCUCUGUUGCCCACACUGGAAUGCAGUGGCACAAUCACAGCUCAAU